CUAACCACUUUCCCUCCAGGUCCUUGACCUCGGCUGGCACAGAGGUACGGGAGAGCCAGCAGCAUCGACUGACCAGGCGGAUGAGCCCCCAGGAGAGUUCUGUCCAACCUUUCCAAUUCCUCCUGUUGGUGGGGAUUCCUGUGGCCAGUGCUCUCCUUCUGGUUCAGUGUCUUCGAUGGCACUGCUGUCAGUGGCUGCCAGGGGCCUGCCGGAAGCUGGAUGACCCAGAGGAGCCAGUGUCCCCAUCUACUCCAUCACCGGAGUGUGAGCUCCCAAGGCAGUGCCCAGCCCCCACACUACCAGAGGUGGCUGCCUUCUACCAGGAACUCCACGUGCCUACCGGGGGCAAGACCGUCACCCGGCAGCUGAUGCAUAAGCUGCUGGUGUUUUCUGCUCGAGAGGUGGACCACCGUGGUGGGUGCCUGAUGCUGCAAGACACGGGCAUCUCCCUGCUCGUUCCGCCAGGUGCUGUGACCGUUGGUCGCCAGGAGAGGGUGUCCUUGGUUCUGGUGUGGGACCUGACAGAUGCCCCAACACUGUCUCACAGACAGGGUCUUGUGAGUCCUGUGGUGGCCUGUGGCCCGCAUGGGGCCUCUUUCCUGAAGCCUUGCACCCUCACGUUCAAGCACUGCGCCCAGCAGCCCAGUCAAGUCUGUGCCUACAGCAGCAAUACCUCCUUGCUGGAUGCCAAGGACUGGAGGCCCCUGGGUCAGUCAAGGACUCACAUCUCCAGAGAUGAGUGUUGUAUCCUGCUCUCCCACUUCAGCCUCUACACCUGUGUCCUGGAGGCACCCCUGGGCCAGACAGCCCGCAAGUGGCUACAGCUGGCGAUGUUCUGCUCCCCACUGGCACCGGGGCAGACACACCUGCAGCUGCGCGUCUAUUUCCUGAACAACACUCCCUGCGCCCUGCAGUGGGCUAUCACCAACGAACAGCCACACGGAGGACGCAUGCGCGGGCCGUGUCAGCUCUUCGACUUCACUGGGGCCAGAGCAGACCUGUGCCUGAGACUCAAGUACAUCUCUGAGGGUUGGGAGAAUGUGGAUGACAGCAGUAGCCAGCUGGUUCCGCAUCUGCACAUCUGGCAUGGGAAGUGCCCCUUCCGCUCUUUCUGCUUCCGGAGAAAGGCAGCCAAUGGGAAUGAAGAGUGCUCGGCAUUAACCAAUGAGAUCAUUGUCACCAUGCACACCUUCCAGGAUGGCUUGGAAACCAAAUACAUGGAAAUCCUCAGAUUCCAGGCAUCGGAGGAAGAGUCCUGGGCAGUGCCCCCUCCUGUCUCCCAGCCACCCCUCUGCAACAGGCUGCCCCCAGAGCUCUUUGACCAGCUGCAGAUGUUGUUGGAGCCCAGCAGUAUCACUGGGAAUGACUGGCGUAGACUGGCCUCCCACCUGGGGCUCUGUGGCACGAAAAUCCGGUUCUUGUCCUGCCAGCGCAGCCCUGCUGCGGCCGUUCUGGAAUUGUUCGAGGAACAGAAUGGCAGCCUGCAGGAGUUGCACUACCUCAUGACCUCCAUGGAGCGGCUGGACUGCGCCUCUGCCAUCCAGAACUACCUGAAUCGGACUCCCCGGAGCAGCCCUGCCAGAGGCAUCUGGGAGAACCAUGACCUAGAGCUGGAUGAGAAACUCUAAACAGGGUGCUUCAAGAAGCCAUGCUAUGCCAUGCUAUGCCAUGCCAUGCCAUGCCUUUGAGCUCAGGAUCAAUGCCGCAGUCCUGCGUAGACCGAACUGGAUCGCCCAGCGAGGCCUGACAGCCUUGUUAGUUAUCUGCCCUGCAUCAGGACAGCUCUUCAUCCUGCCGGCCAACUUUGUCCUGGGUGUAGGUUCCUUCUUGGUCGGUAGGGGGCGCGGGAGUCUGAGAGAUGGUCACAGCCAAGGCAGCUUCCAGAGAUGCUGCUUCAUUUUCUUGUGGACGGCCAGGUGGCCCUGCAGGCAAACAAACCUCAGAGACUGCUCAAUCCACAAAUAUUCACGGAGCACUGAGUCUCAGCACCAAGCUGGGAUCAUGAGGAACGUCGGCUUCUUUGAACUUGCCCUGGAGUCUGUUCUGCGAAAUGGAGAUGCACUCCCAGCCAGCUGGGAGCAACGUUCUAGACAGUGUCUCCCCGUGGUUAGGGGAUGUCGUGGGUGUGUAACUUUGUGGAGAAGAAGGGCGCUGAGGUGGGCUGGAUCAAAGAGAAGUCUCCAGAGAGGAUCUUGGGAGAGAUCUUUGGCGGGGGAGGGGGCCUUGGGGGAAUAGGGUGGGUGCACAGGCUCGCCUCAUUGAUGUGAGGAAUGGGUGGCAGCCGGUUCCAGGCCCUUCUCUCUUCGGCCUCCUCUCCCUUCAUCUCUUCAUAUGCAGCUCACACUUUGUCUUCCUUCUCAGCCACUGUUUCUCUCAUCUCACACGAAGCUGAGAAGCCUCAGGAUGCGUGCCCUGUGUCUCUCCACCUCCAGCUGAGAGUGUUAAGUCUCUGGCUGCCUUUUUCUGCAGUUGCCCGGGCUCAGAGGCAGCCUCGUUAUGUUGCUCAUGUCUUCACAUUGCUUCGUCUCUAUCUAGUUAUGGAAUCCCAUCUUGGUGUUUCUUUCUCUAUUAGGAAAAAAAAAUAUCCAGUCACUCCCUUAGGCAAGUGUCGGAGCUAAUGCUACGUAUUUCAAGGCUGCUCAGAGAGCCUCGGCUAUUCCAGGAGUGAAUGAGUAGAGAUAUUUCCCUCACAGAUCAAGAUCUCCCUUAGGGUCAGCAUUAAAGGACCCCCAUCCUGCCCCGAUCCAGUCAGUACUUCAGGCUACUAAUACUCUUGCUUACUGAUAGUUUUGUUCAUUUGUCCAAAGGUAGACCAUCUCUUUGGAGAUAAUACAAAUUCACUUCCAUAUUUAAUUAAAAUAUUGGUACUUUUGAA